AUGAACAGGCGGAGAGGUACUGCGGCCAUAUGUUGUCAUUCAUCUUUAUUUUAUUUACUUGCAAGCAAACCUCGUUACACGACAAAAUUCCCAGGUUUUGCCUUAAAGGACUUUGAUAAAAAGAGUGUGUGUUCCGGCUCAUGGGGCAUUAGGAAAAUUCAAACAUAUUAUCAAGAUCCGGAUACUAAUUGGCAUUGCUGGACUCUGAGACCAUUUGCAAAGUUAAACUGUCCAACUUACAACUGUAACAGUGGUUUUUGCCAAGGACUUAAAGACAAAGCAACUUCACCAACGGUUACAAAGUACAGAUGUGAAAUCUCGGGAUUUGUUGACAUUCCAUUUUAUGUAUACUGUUACCCACCUAAAGGUGUUGGGUUCGAAUUCAAACCCUACAAAAUGGUAGUCUCCCGAUGUUGUAAUUGUUCCAAAUUUACAUGUUCUAAAUAAUAAA